AUGACGGAUAAUAAUCGAUUUAAGAUACAAAUUUUAUUAAUUGAUAUUGAUGAACAAAAAAUUUAUCCGAAAUUUAUUACACCUUUAGUUCAUCAAUUAAAUCCGAAUAAUGAAUAUGUUAAUGUCGAUAUUUCUUAUGAAAAUGAUCAAUUAAUUAUUCAACGUAAUGAUAAAUCAAUAAUUUUAUUUCGACGUCCAUCAUAUUGUCCAUUUACUAAUCUUUGUCUACAAAAUAAUUCAUCAAUUAUUUCUGAUAAUCCAUUGAAUUCAAUUGCAGUUGGAAUAGUUGUACUAUAUGAAUCUCAUGAUCAACGUAUUCUUAUAACAAGACGUGCAAGUCAUAUGCGAACAUUUCCAUCAUGUUGGGUAUGUCCUGGUGGUGGAAUUGAACAAGGCGAAACAUUAAUACAAGCAGGUAUUCGUGAAUUACAUGAAGAAGUAGGUAUUGAAGUAAAUAAAAAUGAACUUGAAACAUCACGAACAUUAGCUUUAUGGGAGUCGUCAUUUCCAGCUGCUCUUGAUCAUGGUUUACCACGUCGUCAUCAUAUUGUUAUUUAUUUACAUAUACGAUCAUCAAGAACAAGUGAUGAAAUAUCGGUUAAAAUUGAUCCUAAUGAAGUUGAUGCUUAUACAUGGCUUUCAUAUGAACAAAUAGGAAAUAUUUGUAAACGAACAAAUGUAUUAGAAAAUUUAGUCAUGUUUCAUGCACAUAUUCAUCCAACAGGCAUGUGUGAAUUACCAUUUGAUUUACUUACAACAGCUGAUUAUAAUCAAAAAGAAAAUUUAACUAAUGGUACACGUUUUGCACUUGAACAAUUGUAUAUUUUAAAAUCAUAA